CAUCGAAUUUUGGUAAUUGGCUUCUCUCUCGCGCUUUUCAUCACAUCACAGCGUUCGAUUGAGAAACCCUAGAAUUCUCUUUCCUCUCUGUUUCCCUGAGCCACGACCACCACUCCUCCGCCAUCACCAUGGUCGACCCUCUUGACACCAGCUUAGAUGAUAUCAUCAAGAACAACAAGAAAUCCGGAUCCUCAAACUUCAGGGGCCGCGGCGGUGCUUCUUCUGGACCAGCUCCCUCUCGCCGCUUUAACAAUCGCGGUCUUAAUAGAGCAGCGCCCUAUUCUAGAGCCAAGGCGCCUGAGACGCCUUGGUCACACGACUUGUUUGUAGAUCAUGGUGUGGCGUAUCCUUCACACCCUGCACGGGCCUCUACUAUUGAAACUGGCACGAAGCUUUAUGUUUCGAAUUUGGAUUAUGGUGUUUCCAACGAGGAUAUCAAGGAACUUUUUUCUGAAGUUGGCGAUCUUAAACGGUAUUCUAUAAAUUAUGAUAAAAGUGGGAGAUCAAAGGGAACAGCAGAAGUAGUUUUUUCGCGACAAGCAGAUGCUCUAGCUGCUAUAAAGAGAUACAACAAUGUUCAGCUAGACGGGAAGCCCAUGAAGUUGGAGAUUGUGGGUGCAAACAUCGUGACGCCUGUUCUACCUGCUCCUUCAAAUCCCAAUUUUGGGAACUCAAGUGGAUUUCUUAGAGGGUAUAUAUAUAUAUUUUUUUCAAUUCAUUUGUUCUUAUUUCUAAUUUUCGAUCUGCUUUUACGAGCGUAGUCAUGUAUUACUGCA